AUGCUAAACCACUGGAUAUUUUUCGGCGAACUAAAAGAUGAAUAUAAGGAGUUUUUCAUUUGCCUGAACGACAACUUUAACAUCACCACUUCGCUCAGCAACGAAUUUUGGCACGACAAGUUUUCCAUCAACAAGGCCAUGCUACCGGGAUUCAUCAGCAAAGAGCAGGCUUACAAAAUACUGAUCACAGGAAAGGCCAUCUCAAUGCUGCGCGAAGUAAGCUCAACUAAAGUGGCUGUCGUUCUUCCAGUUUACGACCAGCUGAAGCAUUCUUUUGAGAACUCGAACCUGGAAACGCUUUUUGAUCGGACGCAACACUUCAAUAACUCCAAUGAUUUCGCUAGUCUUCUCGAAUACGUGUACAAGGAGAUGAGCCAAACUGCGUUGAACAUUCUAAACGCUCGAUACAAUUUGCACGGCCACUUUCUGGCCCAUAAAAGAUAUCUUCUUUUUGAGCAGGGCGAUUUCAUCAACUACCUCAUGGAAUUGCUCUAUCCAAUCAUCAACAGGCCGGCGAACAAGUUGAAUCUGUACACCUUAUCGCAGACGCUGGAAAAUGCUAUUUGCAAAACAAACGCACAGCACGACUCGAGUGAAGUCCUUAACCGAAUUGACAUCUUUCUCGAACAAAGCUUGCAGAAUCAAACUGGCUGGAACAUAUUCACUCUCAAGUAUCGCGUUGAUGGACCAAUCAGCACGAUAUUCAAUGAGCAAAGCCAGGCCAUCUAUUCGCGCAUAUUCAUGCUCUUUUGGAAAAUUAAGCGAAUGCACUUCUCUCUGAAUCAAUGCUGGAUAACACUGAAACUGCAGAUGGGCAGCUUGAAGAACAUGCCGACGAGCUUACGAACCAUCUUCUACCACUUCAACUUCAACGUGUACCAGAUACUAUCUUUUGUGAACACCAUUGAGCGCUACUUCAACUACAUUCUGGAAAGCAAGUGGACACUUAUCCAAAAUGAACUUGAUCAUCCCCGCAAUUUGGAUAAACUCAUCAAGGGACACCAAGUAUUCUUACAGAACAUAGUCAAGCGACUGUUUUUCGAAAACUCCACUUCUGGUUCUCUAACCAGUCAGUUCAGUAUUAUCUCGGACCAAAUCUUCUGCUUCAUUAAAAAGCUGGAGACUUUCAUCAGCAACAUGGCCGAAACCCCCUUCUUGCAAACCAAAGGCGAGUGGACCGAAAUCACCAAGCCUUUCGAGGAAGACAUUGAAGCAGAGUAUAAUUUUUGGUUGAUUCACUUUUCUAAACUGUUUCACAAAGAAAUUGUCUGUUUUCUUGAACUUCUUGUCGAAACGGAAGAGGACGACCUGCAGGAGCUUUGUUUCAGCAUUGAUUUUAACAAGUAUUACAAGUGUAAAAGUUUAGUUCUCACCAGCAGUGAUACCGAUUAA